AUGGAAGAGAAGGGUCGGGAGGCGCCGCUGACGGCGAAUGCGGAAGCGGCUGCCACCGAAACCCUAGGUGAAGGAUCGAGACGGCGAGCGACUGGCACGAAGAGAAAAGGGCCAUCUGGUGCGUCUUCGUUCUCGUCCUAUUCCACCCCUUCCAAGCGCCUCGCCAAGGAGAGAAACCUCCCGAGCUUCCACUCUUACGCGCACAAUGGCCCGGUCACUAGGGCUAGGCAGUCCCCCAACAAGUUCUCCGCCACCGCAGCGUCCCCCCAGGUCCUGGCCGAGCAGCCGGCAGCAUCAGGUGCUGCAGAUGCUGCUGGAUGCGGGGAGAACGGGGGCUCUGGUGAACGGAUGACCGGCGAGGGUGAGGAACUGGACUCGAUGGGUGGACCGGUUGUUGAUGCUGAUUUUGACGUCAUUCGAACCCGCGAAAGCAAUGUUCACGUCGUUCCAACACACGCUGGUAAGCUCUUCUGAAAUCCUGCGCUCUUCGUGAUCCGAGCAGGACCGCUUGACGGUUUUCUAGGGAAAAUUAAGUCUUUCAGUUUUCCUUUGAGUAUGAGAAUUUGCGAAUAUUUUGUAACCGCCACCCUCUCCGUUCCUUAACUCAGUUGGGUCAAUAUCACCGAUCUGUAAAGACUUGGCGAUUGACGGGAAAAAAAUGAUGCCUUGGAUUUCCGUGUUCCCUACGUCUGCUCUCCCAUUUAUUUACAAAAAUGAUCUUGUCAUGAAAUUCUUCUUCUUUUUCAUCCGUAGGUUGGUUCUCUUGGGAAAGAAUCCAUCACCUGGAGGAGCAGACUAUGGAUUCCUUUUUCAACGGGAAGUCAGAGAAACGGACGCCUGAAAUCUACCAGAAAAUACGUAAUUCAAUAAUGGAAAAGUUUCAUAGUGACCCACAGACAAAUAUAGAAUCAAAAUAUUUGUCUGAAUUGGAUGUGGGGGAUAUACCUGCGAGGCAGGAAGUGAUGGACUUUUUGGACCACUGGGGUUUGAUUAAUUUCCAUCCCUUCCCACCUGGUGCCUCAAAUGCAUCUGUUUCAAAAAUGGAGGGAUCAGCUAAAACGGCGUCUUUAUCUGAAAGAUUGUAUCGGUUUGAAAUGUCUUAUCCUGCACCACGGUUAGCUCCUAAGAAAUUUGAUCCAUUAGCUCCAGCCAUGCCACCACGAUUAUUUUCAGAGUCUGCCAUGGUCGAUGACUUGGUGCGACCUGAGGGGCCAUCAGUUGAGUACCACUGCAACUCCUGCUCCGCAGAUUGUUCACGAAAACGCUACCAUUGCCAGAAACAGGUGUGUUUCUUAACCCAAUCUUGAUGCUAUUCAUACCUUAUCCAGUUUAUAAAAAAAAUGCGUAGCCUGUUGAUACUCCAUGAUACUAAUAAAAUGCUAUAGUCUGUGAAUUGGGAAUUGAAUUUCAGAAGGGAAAGAAUGUGUGAUCAUAUGAUGCCUAUCCUCCCCUGAUUUUAUGACGUUCAUUUUUCCACAUUCUGCUUAUCUAGUCAAAAUAGAAAAUAAAAAAUAGUGAGGCUCUCCUGAUACAUUGCCUGAGUGAGCCUAAUCUACAAUAACCUGGAAAUAUUGCAAGAUAGAUGUUGGCUGUGUAGCUCAAACUUCUUCAAAUGUAUACGCAACCAGUCUUCAAAUGUUUAUUCCUCUUUCAAUAAGUGGGAAGUCAUCCAAUGUCUAGAAUGAACAGGUCCUGGAACAAGGUCAACUAUUUUCAGAAAUCACAUCCUGAGGAAGUUUGUUGCAUAAUUACCACGAUAGGUCCUGUCUGCCCAAUGAAGCUUCGACUUUAAUUGCAUUGGGCCCUUGUCCUUGAUAGGUCUUCAAGAUGUUAUAUCAGUCUUUGUAUUUGAGAUUACACAUUCUGUUAAGACGGAGUCUUUAGUUGCUGGUGACCUGCAGGGAGGUUCCAACAAGUUGAAUAAUUCAACUUGUUGGAACAUAUGCUAAAUUGUUGGAUGUAAAUCCUUUCCACCAUAAUUGGCACUGAAAAUAGCGAUCUUUAUUUUUCUUCUUAAGUGGGUAGUUUCUUUCAAGUUUUUCAGUUUAUUGGAAAAAAAUUGAAAGCACAUUAUGUGUAUGUUCGAUUCAAAUAAUCACUUAGUCAACGAAUGUGAUGCAGUUGGGUAAUGCAUUUUGGCCCCUAGUCAAGCACAGGUAAGCAAUGCCUGUGUCCGCUUCAUUUCCUUGACCACUGUUCUGUGAACUUUAUUUUUUAAAAAUAAUUUUUGGCAUGAUACCAUCGAAUCAUUCAAAGAAUGUUUUUCGUCAUGUAAAGUUGUACAACAAUCAAAGAAUAACAGUAAAUGUCCUUCCGAAUAAAACGUAAAUAUUUAAUGGUUAUGUGCUUUGUCAAAUCUUAGAGCUUAGCAACCUCGUUUGAUCCUCUUACCCAUUUAAUGUCAAUGAACCUAUCUACAUAAUAGUUUUCACGAAGGCAUAAAGAAUUUUUCUGUAUGAGGAUCACUUAAUACGGUAUAAAGUUAGUUAUGAAGAUUGUUCUAUUUAAAGAGAAUUAUAAUUUUAUUUUUUAGUCUUGAAAAAAAACGUUUUUCCAAUUUUUACAGCUUUUUGAGUUUUUUAUGAAUGCCGUUAGAUACACAUAAUUCUUAUGUCGUUCACAUGACAUGUGCAUCAAUUCCCAAUUAAUUAUUUAAACAUGCAUGAUUAUCCUAAGCUUUAGCAAAAAAAUUUAAAAAGUGGGUGGUGCUACGUGUUUAUUGAUUUAAAAGAGAAAAUGUUCAUCUGUAGAGUCUUGUUUCCUAUUUCAACCCCUUUGUAUUGUGCAACAACUUUAUAGUCUGUUUCAAGGUGGCAAAGGCUAUAUUAGUCACCAUUUGUCAAAAUAUCACUCUCUUAUUACCUCAAAUUUGUGCUCUCGUUGUCACUCUAUCAGUGAAUAAUAUUCAGCUUCAACAUUCUCACUAGUAAAGUGGACAUCAGAUCCGAACCCCCCAACAUCAGUAAUGUCGGGGUAGCUUUUCCAUAGCCACCAGAAACUCUUUUGGGAUCAGAGAAGCCAAGAGGAAAACGUUGUGUUUAAUGUAACGGAUAAAAUUAUAAAAAGAAGAAAUUGAAGAGCUUCCUGCCAUCAGUACUCUUAUGUAAUCUAGCUGCUGUUGAGGUUGAUAUGAGCUGUUACAUCCCCUAAAAUAAUGCGAUGUUUGCUAAAAUUCAUUGGAAGCAGCUUUAGGUAGCUCAUCACCAGCUUAAAGCGCGCAUUACGUCUACCACAGCCUAUCAAUUAGCAGCCCCAUAAGGUAAACGGCGCAUGAGAGAUGAUCAGCAGCUGUCCCGGAUGUCUCUUGUUGACAAGCACAACAUCAAUUUAUUGGAUUGUGGAAAAACCUGUUUUCAAAAGGAAUGCAUUAUUGAUUUUUCAUCCGUUGGUGGAUGAGGAUAUAGGAUCGAGUUAACAGCGUCAAUCAACAUUACAAAUUCCCACAGGAACUGAAAAGAAUAUUUUUCAGGUCACCUUUCAUGGAUAUAUUCCCCUUAUAAUUGAACAGAUGUUUCAAACUUUACAGAGGGCAAAGAUCAUAUUCUUUAGAAGUUACCCUCCCUACAAAGUCGUGUCAUUGUACUCUCAUGCUAGAUGAUUUCGAGUAGUUAAUCUCAUAGAUUCAGUUAUGUUUCAAGAAUAUGGUGGGCUAGCUUCAAUUUUCAUCUGUUCUUUCUCCCAACCGACAGUCCUAUGAAUUUCGUUUGUUUGAGGCCACAAACUGAUGUGUUUGUAUGGUAUAGGCUGAUUUUGACCUGUGCACCGAGUGUUACAAUGAUGGGAAGUUUGGUUCUGGCAUGACACCAGCUGAUUUCAUUCUUAUGGAACCUGCUGAGGCACCUGGCACGGGAGGUGGUAGCUGGACAGAUCAGGAAACCCUUCUUCUUCUGGAAGCGCUGGAACUUUAUGGAGAGAACUGGAAUGAAAUAGCAGAACAUGUCGCAACGAAAACAAAAACACAGUGCAUGUUGCACUUUGUUCAAAUGCCAAUUGAGGAUCCAUUUUUGGUUGAUGAUGCGAAUACAGAUGAGAAUCUAUCCAGGAAUGGUAACAAUGUUCCUUUUUCUAAAAAUUCAUCAGCAUCAGAUGCCCCUGAGAAGAUAGACACUGAGAUUACAGAGAGUGAAGGCAGACAUGCUGCAUCCUCAACUAGCAUAACAGAGGAAAAGGAAGAUUGCAAAACAGAGCCUGCUCAAGAAACCAGCUCUUCCAGCAUUGCAGUCAGUGCACUGAGAACUGCGUUUCUGGCGACUGGAUCUCUGGUAAAAGAGGGAGAGCCACUUUCGUUUGCAGACGCUGGGAAUCCAGUCAUGACAUUGGUAGGUAGAAUGGCCUUUAUUUUAUUUGCUAAUAUAAUCAUAUCAGAUUUGAUGCGAUGGUUUUCUGUGUUAUAUGAUCAUUGCAGGCUGCAUUCUUGGUGGCCCUCGUUGACCAUGAUCUUGCACUUUCUUCCUCACGAAGCUCCUUAAAAGCAAUAACUGAGGAGUCUCCAGGAAUACAGCUAGCUACAAGGCAUUGCUUUUCUCUUGAAAAUCCACCAAAACACCAGAAAGAUGAACAAAGUAAUGGAAGGUAGUAUCUUGGCUUGGGUGUGCAUAAGUUGUAAGGCAUAGUUAUUUUCUAUUAUAUUAUUCAAUUAACUGGGAUGACGACAUAUGCAGUGAAGGAGCUCAGAUGGAGGAAGCCCAGGCCCCAGCUACAAAGGUCAAUGAUGAGCCAGAUAAUGGUAUAGAAAAGACUGAUAGAACAGCGAGUCCGCCAGAUAAGCUACCUAGAGUUUCUUCUGAAGAAUGUGCUCAGGAUCAGGUAGCAAAUAAGUCAACUGUGAAAGAUGUUUCAGUCAAGGAGGCCACUCCCAUGAAGGAUUCUCAUGACUUAUCUUUCCCAGUGGGCAAAUCUUCUCAGACAAGUACUGGUGACUCACAUCAAUUGUGUUUGCCAAUUGAGAAGACUUCAGAUAAUAAUGUUAAUGGUUCAAAUGAUUUGAAUCGACAUGGCGAGAGCAGUUUAAAUACAACGAUGGAAUCCAGAAAAGCACAAGCAGAUGAGGUCACACCGAGUACAACGGAUGAAACAAAGACAAAGGACUUCACUUCACCAAAGGGAAGUGAUUAUUCUCUGACUGAUGAACAAAUGCAGGAUGCUGUCAAGGAUUCUGGCAAAGAUUCUGAUCAUGUGAUAUCACUCGAGGGAGGAAAACAGCCUUUCGAAACAUCAAAGGCUUUGAACAUGUUACCCACAGAAGAAAAAGGGCAUUUGAAUGGAAUUGAUUCUGAUUCUGCACUGGGAACCAAAGAACCAGCAGGUUUGUCUACUCCACCCUAAUACACGCUAAUACAAUUAAUGAACUCAGUAAUUUAUUGAUUUUAUUACACUUUAAAAAAAAAACAGUUUCUUUCUUCCUGUAUUUUUUAUUCGUUGAUAUAUUGACCAAACCCUCUCUCUCUCUCUCUCUCUCUCUCUCUCUCUCUCUCUCUCUCUCUCUCUCUCUCACACACACACACACACACACACACAUCAGUGUCAUUAUCCACCAGAAUCCCCACAGAUCCUGUUCAACUAUUCUGCUAUCGAAUUGCUUCAAAGGUGUAUUUUAAAUGCGUAGCUUCACCUCUUUCUUCACUGUUCGUCUAAAUUUUUCUCAAACCUCGUCAUCCAUUUUCAGAACCCUCAAAACGAGAAGAUCAUUGUGUCAUUAUUCUUCUUCUGUACAAUUUUCCAACCUCUUUCUUCUACCCUUUUUUGUUCCUACUCUUUUCUAUAUUUGUUGCAAUCUAUUCUUUCCUACAUGUCAAAUGCAUUAAGUACUAAAAUUUGCUAUUUUGCACAAAUCAUCUUGUGCCAACUUAAUUCAUAUCACGUUAUUCUUCCCUUCUGGUCACUCACUUCUUUUGCAUUAUUAUAGUUUCGAAGUCCGUUUCUGUUGAAGUUGUAGAGAUUGCACAUCAAGGAAUUGAAUUGUCCUCAGAAUAAUGGGAUUCGGUUACUGUUUUCCAGCAGAUUUCUUACCAUCCAGUUCUUUAAGCAGAGAACUGCAAUAAUAAUUCUUUUGCUGAAUGAUUGUCGUGCAUAACAUUCUUAUCUAGCCCUCAAAUCAAUUCCAGAUUAUUAUCGAAGGAAAAUAUUAACUAUUUGUGGUGGUAGGCUCUGGAAUUUUUCUUGAAGACGUCUGAAUAUCUUCUCAUGUACGAUGCCUUUUCAAUUAAAGUGGCAAGAUAUCUUACAUGGAAAAAUGAUAUUUUUCUCUGGGUUAAUGAUGUGUAUAAUACUAUCUCAGUCACGUAUGUCUGAAUUUAAUCAAUGAACUUGGAAUAUCUUAUCUUACUUGAUACCUUUUCAACAGCCUCUAUUGUUUUCGUUCUCCUUAUUUAUUAUUGAACUGAAAUUUAGUCUUCUGUCUGCACCUCUCAGCUGAAUCGUUAACCACUGCUAUCUCUUUCCCGCUUUAUAUUUACACUUAAUUUCUCUCGUAUGGGAAAGACCAAAGGAUCCUACCCUCACCAAACUUUAUAUUUACGGAGCUGAAUUGACUUCGGCUAGAGAUCCUAUCAAAGCAUUGGCCCGUUCUACAUUGGUAACAAGUUUGGAUGGUUUGUUGUGUCCGAAACAGGGUGAAGAGAUUUUUUCUGGAAGCUAUCCGAAACAGUCUUAGGCUGGGCAUUGACGAAUUGGGUAGAAAGAAUAGAAUCUUUCUCGUCAUGAGUAUAGAGAAGAGUAGAGAGAGAAAAUGUGCGUCCAAAGAAAGGCUUCUCUAAUGAAUCAAACAGAAGCAAGGAGCGAAUGUUCCAUGGAUGAAGGAUAGAGAUAGGAAUACUAAGUUCUUUCACUAUACUCAAGUUAAAGAAAAGAGCUUCAAAGGAACAUUCACUCAAUGUAGAGAUAACAGAGGCUGAUUUCAUCGUAACCUGAAAAAAAAAAAAAAGGAUAAAUACGUAUAUAAUAUAUGUAUAUGUAUCAAGGGUACCCUUGAUAAAUACAUAUCAUAGGUGAUUUUAAGAAUAUAAUAAAAGGUAAAUAUAUAUAUAUAUAUAACUUUCAUUGAGGACUUCCAUAGACAAGGAAACGUUUUAGUUCCAGCUUGUAUCCUAUUGCCUCCACCCCCGUUUGCCUCCCUCCUGUCUGGAUUUCAGUGGUCAUAGACAAGAAAGCAGUGGAGGUAAGGGUAAGGAGGAGGGGUGGGUAGCAGAGGUGGUUGCUGGUGGUGGGGUUUGUAUUCAGGGCAGGCCUUAUGGUCAUGGAAUUGAAAAGGAGGGGGGUUGAGUUUAUAUGGAACAGCAACUCUUUUGUCAAAACGAAGACUUUUCUACAGAUUAGCCGAAAUCUAACCUAAUUCCUCAAGGAGACUCGAUUUUGAGGAAGCUUGCUGGAACAUCAUAAGCCACCAUUUUCUCACCUGUGGAGUCAUUUACCUCCCUUUGGAGGAUCAUCUUCAAACAAUCAGAGAUACUCCAAUGGGUCAAGAAUAUAGCUGCACCCUCUUACAAAAACUGGAUGGUUUUCAGUCAACAUUCAAAAAACAUCUAGCUGUAUGAGUAUAGCUCCCCUCCCUCAACUUCUCCGAUUUGGCUGUGGGGCUUGCAUAUGAACUGAAAAUAUUGAAAUUUUUUAAAAGUACCCAGUAAAAGUAUAGGAAUUACCUGAUAAAAAGUUUCCUCUGAGAUUAUUCUAUUUGAAUUUUGAUGCCCUCAUAUCCGUCAGGUGAUGAUGAUCCCAAAUCAGCAGUUAGCAAUGGCGAGAGGGAUUCCAAAUCGCAUAAAACUGAGGACGAAGUUAGCAUAGCUAAGAUAAGGAGGGCUGCAGUUUCUGCACUUUCAGCAGCUGCUGUUAACGCCAAGAUUCUCGUUGACCAGGAGGAGAACCAAAUUCGUCAUCUUGCCUCUCUGGUCAUUGAGAAACAGGUAUUCCUGAAGAAAUGGGCAUAGCGUUUGUAUGAUACAUUGAUUGUUUCUGUUGUGGGUCAUCGACUGAUGAAAUUGUUUUCCUGCAGCUGAGGAAAUUGGAAAUUAAGCUGGCGCUCUUUGGUGAGAUUGAAAGCGCGAUUUCACGGGCAAGAGAGCAAUUAGACAGGGCAAGACAAAGGCUACUCCACGAACGCGCCCAAAUCAUUGCAGCCCGGCUCGGCUUACCUGCUUCAUCCUCGAGAUCUAUACCACCAUCACUGCCUCCAACCAAGUUCGCCAUGGCCCAGGGUUUUGCAGGCCCAAGACCAUCAAAUCUGGCCCCUCAGAAAUUUCCUUUUAAGAGACAAUGA